CGCGCGGUCGGCGGGCGUCAGCGAUGCUGGAGAAUGGAUCUCUGAGGAACUGCUGCGACCCGGGCGGGAGGGGUCACUUCGGCUCGGCGGAGCGGGAGGCGGCGGCUGGAGGCGCCCCGCGGCCCGCCUGGGUGGUGACGGCUCUCUCCAGCGUGCUGAUCUUCACCACCGUGGUGGAUAUUUUAGGCAACCUGCUGGUCAUCGUGUCCGUCUUCAAGAACCGCAAGCUCAGGAACUCAGGUAAUGCAUUUGUGGUGAGCCUGGCUUUGGCUGAUCUUGUGGUGGCCUUGUAUCCAUACCCACUGGUGCUCUUAGCUAUUUUCCACAAUGGAUGGACUUUGGGUGAAAUGCACUGUAAAGUGAGUGGCUUUGUGAUGGGACUAAGUGUAAUAGGCUCUAUUUUCAACAUCACUGCAAUUGCAAUUAAUCGAUAUUGCUAUAUAUGUCAUAGCUUUGCCUAUGACAAAGUGUAUAGCUGUUGGAACACAAUGCUCUAUGUCUCCUUAAUCUGGGUAUUAACAGUAAUUGCAACUGUGCCCAAUUUUUUUGUCGGCUCCUUGAAGUAUGAUCCACGCAUCUAUUCAUGCACAUUUGUUCAGACUGCAAGCUCCUACUAUACAAUUGCAGUUGUGGUAAUUCAUUUCAUUGUCCCUAUCACUGUCGUGAGCUUCUGCUACCUUCGAAUUUGGGUCUUAGUGCUUCAAGUUAGAAGACGAGUCAAGUCAGAAACAAAGCCAAGACUGAAACCAAGUGACUUCAGAAACUUUCUUACCAUGUUUGUGGUUUUUGUGAUUUUUGCCUUUUGCUGGGCGCCUCUAAACUUCAUAGGACUGGCUGUAGCCAUCAAUCCUUCAGAAAUGGCACCAAAAGUUCCUGAAUGGUUAUUCAUUGUAAGCUACUUCAUGGCCUAUUUCAACAGCUGCCUUAAUGCAAUAAUAUAUGGACUUCUUAACCAGAAUUUUCGGAACGAAUACAAACGUAUUUUAAUGUCACUGUGGAUGCCAAGGCUUUUCUUCCAGGACACAUCCAAAGGAGGAACUGAUGGACAGAAAAGCAAGCCCUCUCCUGCUUUAAACAACAAUGACCAAAUAAAAACUGAUACCUUGUAAAGGGGUGAUGGUUAAUGCAAAAGUUUGUUACAGAAAACUCCAAUGAUAGAGCUGCAAUGUUCUGGUCAUUCUUGCUGACUCUGGGGGACCUUCCACUUGGAUGGUACAUUGUGACUGGAAUACUGUCUUCUUGGUAAAGCACAUUGCUCAUAAUUCAUAAUUUAUACAAGAUAUCAUUGAAAAUACAUUUCAAAAUUUAAGCAGCAGAUGAGCACAAACUAUUUUGUUUAUGAGAGUUGAAUUCAACUUCAAGGCACAUGAGGCACUUUUUUAUUCCUGUAGGAACCUGGCAUGCUUUAUUCAAGGUCAGGAUUUGGUUCUCACAAGAUUCAGCAAGGGUACUGGUCUAUGGGCACAGCAGCUCAUCAAGGCUCCAGAGUGAUAUUUUAUGUUCAAUGAUACAGAGCCAAAAUCUCAUCAGUGGUGCCCAGAGCAAAUACAAGAGGCGAUGGGCACACACUGGAACACAGGAGGUUUGCUCCAAACACCAGGAUGAACUUCUGUGCUGCGCAGACAAUGGAGCACUGGCACAGGUUUCCCACAGAGGCUGUGGGGUCUCUUCCUUGGAGAUUUUCCAGAGCUGCUUGGAGAUGUUCCUGGGCAUCCUGCCCAGUGUGUCCCUGCUUGAGAUGUGGUUGCAUCAGAUGGACCUAGAGGUCCUUUUCCACUUCCACCAUUCUGUGAUUCUAAGAGAAGGUGCAUCAGAUACUCUGUUUUCCAUACAUAAGGCAAAUAUCAGAUUUCUGUGCAAAUACUGGUGGCAGUAGGAGUGUCUAUGAAUCACACUUAUAAAUUGGAAAGAAGAGCAUAGGUGUGAAAGUAAAUAUUAAUAUCAAAGCCUUUCCUGACCCGUUUCUUCUUACAUGCAUACGCUGUAUUUCUCUAUUUCAUGAUAAUGUAAUAUAAUAUAUUUUUUUUCUUACAUAUGUACUUCAGGUAAAAUUCUUUCUUUUAGAGAAAAUUGAAUUUCCAUUGUGCUCCAUUUAUUUACCUCAAAAUAUACAACUAAAGUAACUUGAUGCACUUUAACAUAAUUGCCACAUUUUCAACAGGCUGGAAAUUGUGGCGUAUGUCCUGUAGUAAUCUGGAAUAGCAAUUGGACACCAGGCAUGAUAGCUCAGAUUGCUUCAAGUCACAGUAGACACUAGUGAGUGACUGAAUGAAAAAACCCUUUUAACUGUAAUGGCAGCUGAGAUACUUGCCUCAUAUGUAGACAUCUAGUCUUGAAUAAAAUCCACCUUUGUUGUUUAAUCUAAUGUAAGCUUCAACCUUCCCUAUGCAGAGAAUAUCUAUCAGCAGAGAUAGGAUCCCUUUAAUCUUUGAUAAUCAUGCAUCCAAAGAUGUGAUGAAUUGCUCCAAGGUGGUGCUGGUCUCAUUGACUGUGGAAUAUUUAUUUACUAGUUCAAACUAGUAAAGUUUGGGUAGUUAUAUCAGGAUUUAUUGUGCCUAAUUUGGGAUUUCUCCUGCGUAGCUGUUGGUACACAUUCAAGUUUCUAAAUUCCCACUGCAGUCCAUGGAGGUCUAGGAAAUAGUUCAUUUUAUCUUGGAAUAGCUUUCCUUAUUGGUCAGAGGAACUGACUGACAGACCUCACAAUGUCUUCAUUGAUUGUAACUGAGAUCAGGUAGCUCAUAUGUAAACACAGUUCAGUCAAAGAUAGGUAAUCUCAAUCCCAACAUUAGUGUAGCUACAGUUCAUAUUUAUACAGUUCAUAUAAUGAAAUUAUGAUUUUGAACUUUCUUUCCACUCAGCUCAAAUUUAUACCGGGUUUCACCUUUUUUGGGUAACAGUGACCGUACAGGUCGGGUUAUAGAGUGCAUUAUACCUCGCAUCAUUGCAGUCACUUACACAGUGUGAUUUGCAUUAUCUCAAAAUCAGAUUUGGGGUCUUUGUGCAUGCACACAAUGAAUAAAGUUAUCAUUAGUUCUGAAAUGCACAUUACUCUUAGUAGCACUCACAGAGGAGAAGCAAGAAGCCAAUCAGUUUUUAUUUCGAUUUCAGGUAUUAAAAUAGGAAAGAAGGCUGCUGUCACACUCCAGUUUGUGUGAACAAUAUUCUGUUGUAGUUAAUUUGUGCAACAAAUGCACUGCUAGCAAAGAUGUAAAGAUCUUAAACAAAGUCAUUUUUUUACACAUACAGAAAAACUUCAAUGAAGCAUCAUAUUUUAAUUGUUUUACUUGCUUGCCAUGUAAGUUGCGGCAACAUAACAAAUGUGACCAUUCUUCUAGUUUCAUUCAUGUUAACCAGCUAAUUCCUGAUGAUUUCUGAAGCACAUUAUUCUAGGCCUCGUACACUAGUAGCCUGAUGAACACUGAAAAGUCUGAACAGAUACGUGAGAGAUGUAAAUAUUUUCUCUACAUUACAGAUCUAUGGGUUUACUUAAUUCACUACCAGUAGCAGUUAAACAAUUGGGACCUAUGAUUAUUUUACAGGUAAAUUCAGAAUCUUCACAACUAAAUCUAAAUCUAAAUCUAAACAACUUUAGCCUGGUCAUAAAAAUGGCUAAAAGUAUCAGUCACUAAAAUGUAGGUUCUUUGAACACAGUUUUGUAAGUCUGGCAGUUAUGAUUUUUGUAUGUACUGUUUUUGCUUAUAACCUCCAGAUUACUGUCCUGAAGAAAGAACUAAUAUACCUGAUAUACCUAUAUAAUAUAAAAUAAUAUACUUAAUAUACAUGAAACUUGUCCCAGAGGACAUAAGAAGUUUCAAGAGUCUUAAAAACUUGUAGGAACGGACAUCAAGUUUUCUUCAUUGACAAUGUGGCUUUUUCUGACUUCUCUGAAUACUCAAAAUUUGUUGUCUGACUUGCACAUAAAUUAGUCUUAGAAGUGAUCAGUCUUGUUUUAUCGCUUAUAACUUAAAUCAAAAUAGUCCAAAAUUUUUAUCAAAUUCCUAAUAUUGUUUUAGCUCAGUGAAACAUCUUAACCAAUUGCUUAACCACAGAACUGAGCAGCUAUCAUUCUGCAUAUUCAUAGGAAGCAAAUCUGAAGUCUUUGUGGAGUUAUUUUACAAUUUAUCACUGUACAUUAAAAAUGAAAGAUCACUUUCAAGAGUGCCUACUUCCUCAACUAUCCUAAAAGAAGCUUAUGCUAAUAAUCAUUGAGUCAUAGAAUGGCUUGAGUUGGAAGAGGCAUUAACGCCAAUCCAGUUCCAAUCUCUGCCAUGGGAUGGUUGUCCUCCAACUGUUCAGGCUGUCUUGUACCCUAUCCAGCUUGGUCUUGGACACUUCCAGGAAUGGUGUACCACAGCUUCUCUGGGCAGCCUGUGCCAGUGCCUCACUGCACUCAGUAAAGAACUUCUUCCUAAUGCCUAACAUAAGUCUCCCCUCUUUGACAUUAAAACCUUUCCCCCUUGUCCUAUCACAUCUGCUUGUGUAAAAAGAUUUCUCUUCUGUUUAUAAUCUCUGUUUAAAUACUCAAAGGCCACAGUGAAGUCUCCCUGAAGCUUCCUCUUUGCCGGGCUUAACAAGCCCAUCUCCAUUAUCCUUUCUUCAUAAGAGAGGUGCUCCAGCCCCCUGAGCAGUUUCUUGGCUUCCUCUGGGUCCUUUCCAAAAGCUCCACAUCUUUCCUAUGUUGGGAACCCCAGACCUGGAUGCACAAAGACAGAGCAGAGGGGGACAAUCACCUCCUGCAACAUACUGGCCAUCUCUCUUUUGAUGUAGCCCAGGUUACUGUGGCCUUCCAGGCUGCUAGAUCAUGCUAUUGGCUCGUGUCCAGCUUGUCAUCCACAGGAACUCCCAAAUCCAUCUCCACAGGGCUGUUCUCAGUGUGUUCUUCUUUCAAUCUGCACUC